GAUCAACAUCAACUACAAUGGCUUUUAAAAUUGUCGUACUCACCACCCUUCUGGCCUACGCCAACGCAGGUCUCAUCGCCGCCCCUGCAGUAGCCUACUCUGCAGCUCCUGCAGUGAGCAGCUCCUACAUCCACCAAGCCACCCCAGUCGCAUCCCAUCUAGCUGUUGCACACGCCGCCCCCUUAGCCGUUGCACAUGCCGCUCCCGUUGCAGUAGCCCACGCAGCCCCAGUAGAAAUUCACGCACCAGCUUAUGGAUCCACUCACCAGAGCGUAGAACGUUCUCUUGGAGGUGCUCAAUCUGUCUCUCACUACUCCAAAGCCGUUGACAGCGCUUUCUCCAGCGUCAGGAAAUACGACACACGUAUCACCAACGAUGCCCUUUCUGUAGCUCACGCUCCAGUUGUUUCUGCUUACUCUGCUGCCCCAGUCUAUGCUAAAGCUGUUGCUCCCGCAGUUGCAUACUCUGCUGCCCCAUCGUUCAGCUCCUCAUACAUCCAGAAGGCUGCCCCUCUUGCCUACGCUUCAUAUGCUCACGCUGCUCCUGUAGCUACCUAUGCCCACGCUGCUCCUGUAGCUACCUAUGCCCACGCUGCUCCUGUAGCUACCUAUGCCCACGCUGCUCCUGUAGCUACCUAUGCCCACGCUGCUCCUGUAGCUANCAUAUUGGAAAUAAUAGAAAGGCCAAUUGUUCGAAAAUUGGUGGGUUGA